AUGGGCAUGAGGAUGGCGGCGUCCCAAAAGGAGCAUCGCGGCGAAGUGACUCACCUCGCUCUUGCGCCCAACGAAGACCGGGUCCUCUCCUGCAGCGGCGACGGCACAUGCAUCCUGUGGGAACUGCCAUCCCUCUCGCGCCUCUACACCCUGGCGGCGCACCUCGUGUUCCUCGGAGGCAGCGUUCUUCGAAGCGGGGAGAUGGUGACGGUAGGAAGCGACGGGUCUGUGCUGGUCUGGGACCGCCAUGACGGCUCGCUGUUGGCAGACCUUCCGGCAGCCACCAGGCCCAUCACUACCAUCACAGCCUCUCCUGACGAUGCUGUUUUGGUCACCGCUGGCGAGGAUGCUGUUAUCAGGGUUUGGAAUUGGGUCAAAGGUCGGAUCACACACGAAGGUCGAGGUCACAGCGGAGCCAUCACAAAAGCCAGUCUCUCUCCAGAUGGAAAAGUGUUGUCUACGGUUGGAAAAGAUGGCGCCAUUUUAUUCUGGAAAAUUCCGUAAACAUACCUUGGGAAUAAAUAUAUACUCCUCAUCCCAAACCACUUUAAAAAAUGCCACAAAGAUUUGGAUCAAAUAAUAAAAUUGCGAAUAUAUGAAAGGAUUGUGGAUAAAUAUUAUUUUUAAUGAUACGCACACCUUCAGUAUGUCAUAAAAAACAACAACUACACAACAUGAAAGUAAUUAUUUGUAAAUCUUUACUUUUGAAAUUCUACAUAUUGCCAU